AUGUCAGAGUGGAAAGUGGAUCCAGACAACCGAAGACGGCUAUUGCAGCUGCAAAAGCUAGGCGGGAACAAAAAGUGUGCUGACUGUGGAGCCCCAAACCCUCAGUGGGCGUCGCCGAAGUUCGGGAUCUUCAUUUGUUUAGAAUGCGCCGGCAUCCACCGGGGCUUGGGGGUGCAUAUCUCGUUUGUGCGGUCGAUCACAAUGGACCAGUUCAAGCCGGAAGAGCUUGAGCGGAUGGAGCACGGCGGCAACGCGCAGUUCCACGAGUACUUGGCCAAGCACGGUGUGGACCAGAAGUUGCCUCAGAAGGCGAAGUACGAUAACCCUGUGGCUGCAAGCUACAAGGAGAAGUUGACGUGUGUGUGUGAGGGGAAGGAUUGGGUGGAGCCGGAUCUGAGCGGCGCCGGGGGGGCUACGCUGGAUCGUGGGAGUUCCGAGCAAGCUUCGCCGGGCACGGCGACGCCAAAUGGGGGCGCCGAAAAGCUAGAAUCCCGCCGUGCCACGGGACCGGCCGACGAGCAGAAGCUGCGGAACGAGAACUACUUUGCUACCCUUGGCAAGAAGAACCAAACGAAGCCUGAACAUCUUCCGCCAUCCCAGGGCGGGCGGUACCAGGGCUUCGGCAAUACUCCCACCCCGACCAACCCCAACCAGGCGCGCCAGGGCGGUACUACGGCGGAUCUUUCGCUGGACAACCUCCAGAAAGACCCAUGGGGAACUCUGACCAAGGGCUGGGGCUUAUUUUCCACGGCCGUCACCAAGUCUGUGGAAGAGGUGAAUGAAUCGGUUAUCAAGCCGGGCGUGCAGCACCUGCAGUCGAGCGAGCUUUCUGCAGAAGCACAGCGCGCUGCACAGCAGUUUGGACAGAAGUUCCAAGAGACAAGCAGCUCCGGGAUCUCUGCCUUCUCACGCUGGACCAAGAACUUGCAGCAACAGUACGUACAGCAGUCACCAGGGGCACCGGAUCAAGAUUCUCAAUAUAGCAGGCUCUUUGACAGCCUUGAAUCUAGAUCCAAAGACCAUUCUCAACUUCGAGCACAGAAAAAGGGCGGCGAGGCUGACACUGAAUGGGAUGACUUCUGA